AUGUUCAACACGGGUCCCUUAAAACAGAUUUCGCGCCUCUACUUAAGACAACGUGUCUGUCUCCCACGGUACAAGAGCCGAAGCAGUUUGUACUGCCAGAGAAAGCCAAGAACCCGAGGGACACCAAAGGUGAGUUUUUGUCAAGAGGUCGGAAUUAAGGUUCUUGGUGUGGUUGAGAAUAUGAGCGGAUUAUCACAGCCCGUUUCGGAUUUCAAGUAUCUGAAACGGGCCAAGAACGGGGGAAAAGAACCGGAGGAUGUUACGGAGCGGGUGUUAGCGGUUUUGAGAGAAAAAGCACCCAAAUUGUUGGGUUUGGUUGCGUUUACUGAGGUGUUUGAUAGUAGUGGCGGUGGUGCAGCGAGAAUGUGUGUCGAAAAGGGUGUCCCGUUUCUUGGGAAAGUACCGUUGGAUCCACAGUUAUGUAAGACCGCCGAAGAAGGUAAAUCGUGUUUUGGUCGUGAUGAAUGUUGGAUUAGUGCUUCUGCGUUUUCUGCAUUAAUAAACAAGUUGUUGAAGAAUAACGCGAUGGCGUGA